AUUUAUAGUUAGAAAUACUUGACCAGUCUCCAGGGGUGAGGUUCCUCCAGCCCUUUAAACAACGCUGUUGUAGCCUGUUACCCAGCUAACUUUUUGUCCUAAGCGCUGGAGUUGACUGUGGUAGGACCAUCUUCUGCUGAGAAAUAAAUACAAUGGCACACAAUGCAUCUGCCUCAAGUGCCGCUAAAACGCACCAGAAUCGCCUGUCAGGUGCUUCAGAAGAUGAAGACCAAGACGCUGCCCUCACCAUCGUGACUGUCCUGGACAGGGUGGCCGCCAUUGUGGACAGUGUGCAGGCCAGCCAGAAGAGAAUUGAAGAGAGACACAGGGAAAUGGGAAACGCCAUCAAAUCUGUCCAGAUUGACCUGUUGAAGUUCUCACAGUCCCACAGCAAUACAAGCUAUGUUGUCAACAAAUUGUUCGAAAAAACCAGAAAAAUCAGCGCUCACAUUAGAGACGUGAGGGCCCGGGUGGAGAAGCAGCAAAUUCAUGUGAAAAAAGUUGAGACGAGGCAAGAGGAAAUAAUGAAGAAAAACAAAUUCCGUGUGGUCAUAUUCCAGGAGAAGAUCCCAUGCCCGACAUCCUUGUCUGUUGUAAAAGAUAGAAGCGCUGCUGAAGAGCACGAGGAGGAGGAGGAGGAGAUCUAUGUGCCUCCAAUAGAGCUGUCUUCAGAUGAAGAAUAUUAUGUUGAGGAAAGCAGAUCUGACAAGCUUAGAAAGUCAGGCAAGGAGCACAUCGACAAUAUCAAAAAGGCAUUUUCCAAGGAAAGCAUGCAAAAGACACGGCAGGAUUUCGACAAGAGAGUGAGCCGGAUCAGAACUAGAAUAGUGACCCCAGAGAGGCGGGAGCGGCUGCGCCAGUCCGGGGAGAGGCUGCGCCAGUCCGGGGAGCGGCUGAGGCAGUCUGGGGAGGAGAGGCUGAAGCAGUCGGGGCAGAGGCUGAAGCAGUCCGGGGAGAGGCUGAAGCAGUCGGGCGAAAGGUUUAAGAAGUCUAUUUCCAGUGCGGCUCCCUCAAGGGACACCUUUAAGAUGCGCAGCCGUCGAAAAGCUAAAGAGCACACAGUGGCAGAAGGGCCGGUGGAGGUCGGGGAGAUGGGUGUGGACAUCAUGGGCGGGGGCGAGUCUCUGGGCCCCAUGGGUGACUUCCCCAAGGAGCAGCAGCUCAGGGAGACAGACGGGGAGACAGGUGGAGAGGAGACCGGGGCAGAGCGCCCCCGCCAGGAAGGAGGGGAAAUCCCCACCCCAGAGCCCUUAAAAGUGACUUUCAAGCCUCAGGUGCAAGUAGAGGAUGACGAAUCUCUUUUGCUAGAUUUAAAGCAGUCGUCAUAGAGAAGCAUUGAGUAUAAUGAUAUAACCACAAGGGCUCCUUAACUAUUGUAGUUCAAGGUUCCGUAGCAUGGACAUGUACAUUUAUAUGCCAAUAGGAAAACAUAAAUGGUCUAGUGACUUCACAAACAGAAACAUUCUGUUGUGCUUCCUUGGGAAUUUUUUUUCUCCUUCCCUGGGUUUUUAGUGCUCUAGUAGCUUGCUAACUUUUUUAAAAAAUAUUUUAAUAUAUAUGUUACUAUGUCACUUGUGGGUUUUUGAAUUCCUUUUUCUGACCCACUAGGACAAUGAUUCCUAGAAAGGGCCCAUGAGGAAUAUACUAGUCUAACACAAAUGAAGAGCAAAUACAUGCCUUCAUGUAUAUGUGAAAUCCAUUUUGGUCUAGAUUAAUGAGACUAAUUCACGUGGAUUAUAGAAUCUGUCCAUUACAAAAAUGAAGGAACAUUUCCAUUUAGUACACUAGUGGUCACGUCCCUUCAGAUGUUUUUAUGUGAACAGUGGACCGAAGCUUUACCUGUGGGGAGCUACAUAGCAUGUCACCUGCUGGCAAAGUCACCAGUAAAACAGAGAGUGUCCUCCUGCUCUGCCUAACUCAGAAGACUUUUGUGAAGAUCUGAGAAAGCUUUUUACCUUCUGGGGAAUAGGAAGCACAUAGUAAGAAAUAAGUCCUACUGUUUCCUCAAAAAGCAGAAUUGUCCCUUCUGCAAAAGCCCUGAAUGCCAAGCAGUGAGGACCACUGUUAAACAGAAACUAAAAUUGGCUUUUAGAAACCUUUUCUCAGAAUCAGAAAAGCAAAUUAAAUUCUUGGGUGACUUUUCUCUCCUCCUCCUCCUCCUCCUCCUCCUCCUCCUCCUCCUCCUCCUCCUCCUCCUCCUCCUCCUCCUCCUCCUCCUCCUCCUCCUCCUCCUCCUCCUCCUCCUCCACCUU